AUGUAGACAUACUUGUUAAAACGCGCAUGCCCAUUUAUAAAACAAUGUUUUGUCGUCUGGUCUUUUGCUGACGGUCUAGAAAAAUCUGUAAUCUAUUCACUUUGAAAAUACCAUUGAAGUAUUUUGUAUAAUAAUUAUUUUAUAUAAAAUAUUUUAAAGUAGAUCGUUCACAGUUUUAGUAUCGUUUCAUUUUUAAAACAGAGAAAAGAAUCUUCUUUUAUAUUCUUAUAUACGUAUUUACAUGUUGACGUAUAACAGUGGCCGGCACAUUCGAGUGGAAUAAUGCGAAAAACUAUUGGUGUUAUUUUCCUUCAUUUGUUUACUUUAUUUUAUAUCACUUCUGUGGAGUGUAACAAAAAGCCAUCAAGUGAAGAACUCAAAGCACAACAAUUUCCUCCUUGUGCAGCUUGUAAAGUUUUAAUAAAUAGUUUCAAAAAGGGUAUAGAAAGAACCAAGCGUGAGAAAUUUGAUGGAGGAGACAGUGCUUGGGAAGAAGAUAAGUUAGGUUCAUAUUCAAAAAGUGAAACUAGAUUAAUAGAAAUACAGGAACAUUUAUGUAAAGAAGUAGAACGUGGUAAGAUUCAGUGCCAUGCUUUGGCUGAAGAAUUGGAAAGCAAGAUAGAAGAGUGGUGGUUUCAUCAACAAAAUAAACAUCCAGACAUUUUUGAUUAUAUAUGUAUUGAAGAAACUGGGCGAUGUUGUCCAAAAGAUCAUUUUGGACCACAGUGUGUACCAUGUCCAGGAUUUCCAGAUAAAAUUUGUAACAAUAAUGGUAAAUGUAAAGGAGCAGGUACUAGGAAAGGAAAUGGUGGAUGUUUUUGUGAUAAAGGCUAUCAAGGAGAAAAUUGUUCUGAAUGUGAGAUUGGAUUUUAUGAAUCUUAUAAAGAUGAGAAUAAAUUAUUGUGUUCUCAAUGUCAUGCUUCCUGUCAUGGUCCCUGUAAAGGAGCAGGACCAAAAAGUUGUGAGAAGUGUGCAAAAGGAUGGCAAAUGAUAGAUGGGCAAGGUUGUACCGAUAUUGAUGAAUGUAUAAAUAGUAAUAAGUAUUGUCCUGGCAAUCAAUUUUGUAUUAACAAAGAAGGAGGUUACAACUGUCUAAGUUGUGAUAAAGCUUGUAGUGGUUGCACUGGUGAUGGUCCAGAUAUGUGUAUAAAAUGUGCUGAUGAAUAUCAUAAACAGGAUAAUUUAUGUAUAAAUUCUGAUCUUUUGGGUCGCAAGAAACAGGAGAACAUUGCCAGAUAUGCUACAUAUUUUGGUCUCUGUGUAGCAACAUGUAUUAUUUUUCAAAGAAACAUUUAUAUAGCAAGUGUAAUUGGAUUACUAGUUGGACUUUACAUAUCAGUUUCUGAAUAUAUGAUAGCUCACAGUAAUCUUCAAGAUACUACCACAAAUUUGGAUAUUCUAGGUCCUGCCUAAAUUUGUACAUACAUAAUCUACCAAAUUUUCUAAUUUAACAUGUAGUUUAAUUUCAUCAU